ACAAACAUCUUUGACUGGAGUGGAAAACACACAGCUCUAUUAGCCUAUACCAGCAGAUUAUUACAUGGCAGGACGGUAGCCGGGAAUCAACUCGGAACGACAAACCGGAAAUCAAGUUUUAUUCCUGGAGGGUUCAGCUUUUUAUUUUCGGAUGAGAAAUGUCCUCUGCGGCGUUCAGGCCUUUAUUUGUUAUCUGAGAGGAGUCGUAGCUUACUGGCUAGCUGGCUGGCUAACUCCCCCCUACCUCUUCACUACGAUCUAGCUACUUAGCGAAAGAGGUGUGAAAAUAUAAAGAAACUCGGCUUUGGCAGGCUGUGGUCAAGAAACGAACACCUGACAAUGAAUGGGCUUUCUGUGAGUGAGCUGUGCUGCCUGUUCUGUUGCCCCCCCUGCCCCAGCCGUAUUGCUGCCAAGCUUGCCUUCCUGCCUCCUGAACCUACCUAUGCCCUCCUGCCUGAUCUGGAGGCCGGGCCGGUACCUGCCGGACCCACGGGGACGUCAAGCCUCCGGUCCCGGGGAGGAGGAGGUGGUGGUGGCAGUUCGGUUGGGGGAGGGAAUGCCACUGGGGAGGGGCGCUGGAAGCUCCACCUCACAGAGCGGGCAGAAUUCCAGUAUUCCCAACGGGAACUGGAUGUUACGGAAGUGUUCCUGACUCGAUCUAGUAGGGGGAACAGAGUGGGCUGCAUGUAUAUUCGCUGUGCCCCCUCUGCCAGGUUCACUGUCUUGUUCUCUCAUGGUAAUGCAGUGGAUCUAGGCCAGAUGAGCAGCUUCUAUAUUGGCCUGGGAACUCGCAUCAAUUGUAACAUAUUCUCCUAUGAUUACUCCGGCUAUGGGGUCAGUACGGGGAAGCCCUCAGAAAAGAAUUUGUAUGCAGACAUAGACGCAGCGUGGCAGGCUCUGCGCUCACGAUAUGGCAUCAGCCCAGAGAAUAUUAUCCUUUAUGGACAGAGCAUUGGCACGGUGCCCACGGUGGACCUGGCAUCACGAUACGAGUGUGCGGCUGUGAUUCUCCACUCCCCUCUCACCUCAGGCAUGAGGGUGGCCUUCCCUGACACUAAGAAGACUUACUGCUUUGACGCAUUUCCCAACAUUGAGAAAGUGUCUAAAAUCACGUCUCCAGUGUUGAUCAUCCAUGGGACGGAGGACGAGGUGAUAGAUUUUUCCCACGGGCUGGCCCUGUACGAGCGCUGCCCCAAAGCUGUAGAGCCGCUGUGGGUGGAGGGGGCUGGACACAACGACAUCGAACUUUACAGCCAAUACCUGGAACGGCUGCGUCGUUUCAUCGGACAGGAAUUGGCCGCACAACACGCUUAAGCUCUUCUCCGUCUCCCUCUUGUCAUCCCACCAUCUCCCAGUCCGAGCGAGAGUGAGACGGAUGCGUCUCUUAUGUGUAACUUAUUGAAGCCUGCCGUUUUGUAUAGACAAUGUUACUAUUGGGGCAGCUUGACACAUGCUCCUCUGCUCAGAUUUGUUUUCUUAAGUGUUUUCUUUUUUCUCCCUCCGUUUGUCGUCAUCUUGUACAUGUGAGCAUGUAUGUAUGUAUGUGUGUGCAUGGGAACUCUCGGAGAUGGAAGUGGAAUUACUCUGGAGCAAGAACGGAUGGAUGGAUGAAUUCCUCUGCCAGUUUCAGUCCAAUGGAAAUAAGCCAGAGUCAGACGAUGUUCUGUACCUCCAACCUGAUGGUGUUUCUCAACAUCUGAGCAUUCAUUUGUCAGUUGAGUGGUUCACUUCUCCGACCUGCUCACGUUAUGCCUCAGCCUGAAAGAUCUUGGCUUCCCACUUAUUGUCAGACAACCUAAAAUAGUUUGAUGUCAGAGCCUGGCAAAUUUGCUAGCCUUGCUGACCCUGUAGGAUGGAAUAAACCGGUUGGGUUUGGUGAAGAAUUUCAGGAUUGAGUUUUAAAGCAUCCUACACCAGUGCAAUGAUGCCCAGCUCUGCAGAUUCAUUCAUUCUUCUAGCCCUUUGGCUUCCUCUGGUAGGCUGUUGUUUCCAGGUGCGUGGGUCUCUUCUCUCAUAUACCCUGCAGGAUGCUGACCUCUAUGCACUGACGUUCCCUUCCAAUGAGUUUUUUCCUUUAUGUGAAAGCUGAGCUUGGGAUGAGAUGACACCUUAUCAUCUACACAGCUCCAGGCAGGGAAAGCUUCAAUCCUGGGACGCUGGCUUUUGUUUCCAGCUUUAUCAGUCUUUUUUUUUUUUUUUUCUUUACUGUCUCUUUCCUUUCUUCUCAGAAUGUGAGGGUGGCCAUAGCACCCUGAGGUGAAAGAAAUUGGGAGGGCUGCUUCCUCAUCAUAUUUCAAUGAAAACACCACACUUGGGAUGAUAUGAUACAGAAUAUAUUCAUUUCCAGAUCCAUACGUCAUGUUCUGGACUUUUGGGCCAGUAGAAAGAUCAAGGUUUCAUUAUCAUUUCGGGACUUUUCUAAAGCCAGAUCUUCGGCGUAGCAUUUCCACCCGCAUUCUCAAGUAGUUAAAUAUUUUAAAUGGGUUUUGGGUUAAUAAAUGUUUUAAUUGUGUAAGAAUGAUUAAUGCACACAACACCGGUAGCAGUCAGAGGUAAAAAACAGAAGUUACUUCUGAACAAUAGCGAUGACACACAACUCGCAACCAGUUUAUCUUGUUUUUAGCCUGACGUCAAUGAUGUUUCAUGGAAUCAUGGAAAUGUUACUCCUCUCUUGUUGGCAUUCAAAUCAGAGCUCAAGCUAUAAUUGUGCAUAUUUACUCUUGCCUCUUUGUUGAUUGUUUUAGCAAAUCAUUUCAAAGCGGAGCACAUCAUUUUAAAGACUUUUCUUAAUGAUAAUAAAGUAUUUCCCCUUUUUCAUUCAAUGUCAGAUUGCUAGUUAGUGGCACAUUGUUUAAUCCAUCUAAGUAAUGUUCUGACCUGUGGUGGGUUUAAAGAUUAUAACUAGCAAAAAAGGCACAACAAUGAGGUCAUG